UGUCGCUAUCUCAUUACUUGAGAUGAUACAGCUACCGUCCAGGAGGAAUGAUUCUGGGCCGCUGCCCCCGUUUGAAAGGUAUGACCCUGUGCCACUUCCAGUAAUUUGCGACGGUUUGAAAGCAACAAUAUCUCCGAAGAGCACGGCGCUUCUUAGCGUGUUACUUGAUCGAUUGGAUGGCCUAGUCAAUACUAAGGAUUUGGAGAGUGCAGACAUCAUCUUUGCACAGCAAAGUAUAAUGGAAACUUUAUUGCACUUCACUCAGAGUCCUUCGCAAUUGCAGAUCGAUGUACUGGUGAAAUUAAUCCAAGCACUUGCGCUUGUCGCCAACCUUGCUCCUCUGUCUACGGAUUCAAUAUUACACCACCUCAUGCCAAUCGUGAUAUCCACCGGUAGCUUCCUUUCUCCACGUGAUGAUGUGUAUAGCGUUAAAGUCGGGGAAAAGUAUUCCAGAAAGGAAGAGCUUUUCAUGGCGGAAUUCAUGGUCCCGGUUUGCCUCCUGCUAGUAGAAAUUGACACACCAUCCGAUGGAAACAACAGACGACAAGAAAGUAGAACUGAUCUCGCUGUGCAGAUUCUCCGCUCUCAACCUUUCGAAUCCCGCAUGAUUAGGAUAUCAGACCUUUUAGAGGCAAUAGUUCUCGAGAUUUUGUCCCAUCCUCCACAGGAUUCCACAUUCAUUGCAUCUCUAAGAGAGGAUUCAAAUGUCGGAGUCGACAUCCGGACAACAAACAUUAUCGAACUGGUAGACAAGGUAUUGCACCUUUCGAACGAUACAACGCGACCAGAGCCUACGGAAGCAUCUCAACGCAUACUUUCCGCUCUCCUUCGACUCCUUGCUAAUGUGAACUCACGUCCCUCCACGAUCGAGUUGCAGAGUUUACGAGAGCUCCUUGUCACGACGUUGUCCAGCGCGCUCCGAGUAGUUUCGGCACCCACAAUGAUCUCUACAUGUAUCCAGCUGUUAAGGACUCACGACAAUGAGCUCCAAAUCGAACUUUACAAGCUCAUUUCCAGUCGUGUCCAGGAUAUCGAUUUACAAAUCAGAGAAAGUUUGACGGCCGAUAUGCGGUUGAUUAUAGUUAAUAUCAAGGAAACUCUUGCCACGUCACAAGAUGGACAUUUAUGCACUGCAGCUUUGAUGGCGUUGACAACGUUAGCCCGGUCAUCAUGUCCUCCAGAGCUAUCUACCCUCACGGAGGUCGUUCCCGCCGUCAUCGACAAACUUUUAAUCUCUCCUAGAACCUCUAUAAGUGCAUUGGAAUCCUUAUGGUACGUCCUUUUACACCUCAGGCUGGCUAUUGUUGCCGAGGAUGUCGCAGCAAUCGCUAGCUUACUGCUCAUUCUCCUCGAAUCCACUUCCUCAUUCUGGACAUCCAUAGAUUCCCAACACCUAAUCUCCUUUUGCAUUAAUUCUGCUAGAAUUAUCGACCCGGACAAUGCAGUCAGCAGUUUGGGGAAGUUUGCCUCAAAGAGGCUUCCCACGAGUACAUUACUCGCUGCUAUCGUCGAUCUGUGGAAAAAUAGAAAGGAAAACCUUUUGCAUGGAGUGGACGCGAAUGAACAACUUUUCAGUCUAUUGCGACAAGUUAUCAAAGCUGGAGAUAGGGUAGGUGAAUGGAACAACUGGAUUGGGAGUCAGACUACUAACAUAAACAAGGUCUCCAUCGCCGAUGGAGCGCCUUCAAUCCAAGCAUUUCUCGAAUUGGUUGUCAAGCUUAACGAGACCUCGUUCAAGCCACUAUACCGCAUUUUAUUCGAUUGGGCAUGGUACAUUGGGGAUGGCCUUGAUGGCCUUUAUGAAUUCAGAGCCCGAGCAUUUUGCCAGGUGAUGAAGUCUCUAACAAGUCUUCUGAAGGCCUUAAUUACGCCAUACUUGAGUAACCUUCUUGAAAUUUCACCUGAAAUAUUGUCACGAUGGACCGAGACGGCGGGGUUAACCAACUUCGAACUAUGGAAGAGUUUCCUGCAAUUAUUGGUCCAAACUACUACUAUAGAUGAUAAUGGACUAUGGCGGGACGAGCAUAUACGAAAACUUAUACCAUCACUUGUCCAACAAAUACGGUUUAUAGCAUCGUGGCAACGACCCUGGAUGCUAGAUCAAGUUUGUGAAGUUUUCGGUGCCGUAGGCAUUACUAUCCACGACAUCACGCUUCUGAGGAUGUUACUGAUCGAGACUCUAUUGAUCACUCGAGAGGACGAAGCAGCGAUCCAGAAGUGCGCAUUAGAGUGUGUUCACUCCCUCUGGCUCGCGAAUAGCCACAGGACGAGCAGUUGGAAAGUUGAAAUCAUGCCAUUCCUUCAUGAAUGUGCAGAAGCCGAGAAUGAUGAG